AUGGAGGAUUCAUGGGAGCUUGUCACGGUUCCGUCGGAAAUUCAGCGCUCAACUGUUGGCAAGCAAUCCCCUUCAGAUGGCUCUGAGACGUCACUUGAAAAGAACGAAGAAAAUAGCAAGUCUAAGGUAUGUGAAAAAACUCGAAAUGUAGGAAAGCAGUUUUAUGAGAGCUAUCAUCGUUUUGCGAUUUACAAAUGAACAGGCGAUGGAUGACCUGAUUACUUUUUUAGACAAGUCGAUUAUUGUCAGCCUAACCAUGACUUGACUGCUUCGAUCGUGGACUUGUCAGCGAUAGUUAUUUAUUAAAUGAGUAAAUUAUUUAUGUUAUGCAUGAAAUGACUAGUAUCUUGGUGGAAUUAAUAUAUACGUGUUUCAUUUUCCACGGAUGACCUCUUUGUUUUGAACAGGAAAUUCAAGGUAGACAAUAUUCAAGGGCAUUGUUGACCACUGUUUGUAGCUGAUGAUGUAGUUGAUUUACUCAAACAACUAUUUGAUCUGAUCACGAUCGUUGAUACAUGUAACUUGGUUUAGGUUCACUUUUUUCUGAAACCUCAGUAUAAGUAUAACUGUUGGGCAGCUGCACAUAUUCAUGUCCUUUUCCUGUUUCAUGGUUACCAGAUACCUUGAGAGGCAUCUCGCUCUGUGCAAGUGAUGUAACGUGUUGCAGUUAAAUUGCAGAUACACGCAUAAGCCCUAUAGACAAUCAUAUCAAAAUCUUCUUCAGUUAGCCAGUUUUUGCAGGCGACAAGAGGAGCCUGCAAUCCUAAUCUCCAGGUUGUUAUUACGCAUGUGUUGCAUGUAUGUAGCCAGCAUUUGUUUGGUCUUCCACUGAAAAUGUAUGGAAUGCACUGAACGUACUUUUAUCAUGCGCGUUUGGACCUUCUGUCACUCGUAAUCUGAUCACGCAUGUUUUGACCAUCUGUCACGUGAAUAUUGCACAAAGCACAGCGCUGGAGCAAAAGCAUUUUGACCUUUGAUGGUUGUCACCCGCACUCCUUAACCUUUGGUUAAUACUAUUAUAAGUUUUAAUUUGAUGUGGGGUUUAGGCACAGUUUAACCAGAACACGCUAUAUAUCAUUUGCAUGAGAUGCACCCCUGAGGGUAUCCGGUAAUCUUAAAUCAAAAUUAGAACACUACCAGUUUCAUGUAAUGUUUGUUCUACUUUGAUAACAGAAAGUUUCCAGUGCAAGUCCAAAACUCUGUGGGUUUUUAAACAAACUUGGAGGUAAGAAAAAUUGGCUCAAUAAUAAUAUUAUAGUAUAUUGAUUUCUUAGCUGUAACAGGUCCAUAGGGAGGGGGGUGGGACAGGUGUGCUCACCCCCCCCCCCUUCCCAUAGGUCCUAGAGGUCCACUUCUUGUUGAUAAAUGAUUUAAAACAAAGUGAGUUGAUAAUAUUUUUCAAUUCUAAGUUACUGAUUAUAAAGUAAAUUUGAAAAUACUCUUGAAGAGUUGACCACCCCCGACUCACACUUUUGACAAAACGUGUUUUAGCCUUUGCGUUCAAGUAUAAAAAAGGGGAUUUGGUACGCCCUCAAGGCAUUUAGCCCUUCACUCUAAUACAUUGGUUACUCCUACAAUUUUUCCUUAAGGAGUAAAGUCUAUUUUUGAGGUUUUUGUGGCCAACAAGUAGUACUUGUGGCAUAUAGUAAGAGAGGCUCUCUUCACUGGCUCUUGUUCCAUUCACUAUAAUAACAUACAUUGAUAUGAAAGAAGUUGUUGAUCUCUUUCUUAGAAGCACUCAAGGAAGCUCUUGAGCUUGGCACACUAUUGAAUUACAGUUGAUGCGAUGCAAAGAUCCUGCACUGAAAACCUAGUUAAUAAUGCGGAUUUAUAGCCUGUGCACAGAUGCACCCCAGGUGGGAGGAUGUUUGUAGACAGGCUACAGAUUUACAACUUUCUUUCUAUCAUUUUUUUCUUUUUAAUUAGUGGCAUUGACAUUGGCAUUCUAAAAAAUUGUAAAAUAAAGUAGCCGCUCUGAAAAAAAAAUUGAAUUUUAAACAUUGUGAAAUACCCAUGUUAUUCAAAAUGGACGAUAAAUUAUGUAGUCUCAGACAACCUAAUUCACCUUCCCCUGCUCCCCAAAAACUUGCAUCUCUGGCCUUGUUUGGUCCAUCUCCUCAUUGGAUCGCACCUUCCUGUAACAAAACCUUGUUAUGGGCCUAUGUAAACCAUGGUUCAUAUACUACUACAUGAAGGUUAACCCUCUUUGACAGCUGACCAUAACAUGGAUGUCCAUAACGAUGUCCACUAUCAAGUUAAACACUGCUUGUAUAUGCCCUGGACACCCAGCUAGUAAUACCCAGUCAUUACAAGAAAACAGCCAAUCAGAGCACGCAUUUACCAUUGUAGCCAUAUAAUGAAACCUUUUUGCCAGCACUCCCUACCUACCCCCAUCCCCUUUCCCUCCCUGACCAAUUGGCAAUUAGGAACUUAAGCAACGACGACAGCAACAGCUGUUGAAACCUGAGUUUUCAUGGACGUCAAUCAACUGUUUCCAUGGUUUUUUCAUGCACUCUGACAGAGAUGGUUCACUCAUCAUCGCUGAAUGAACUUACAAGAAUAAUUUCGAAUGACGACGGCAUUUUUUAAUUAUUUCAUUAAGAUGAAGGAUUACAUUGUUAAAACAACGAGGUCUCUGCGAGAUGAGUGAAAUAGCCAAAACACACUCUACAGUUUACAUAAAGGUUCUCAGGUUGUUUAUUUAUUUGAUUGUAUGAAAACACGGGAGCCAUGGACCAUGAACUGCAAUAACCUGAGAUCAGGCUCUAUUUUCGUUUCGCUUUGAAAAUUACAUUCCGGCGGGCAUGGCGAAACGAAAAGAGAGCCCUCUUCCCGUGAGAGACAUAAAGCGAUAGUAGGGAGAGGGCAUGAUCUCAGGCUAGGAAAGAAUCUGCUCUGGGCCAACGCGUGAAAAACCAUGGUAACGGUUGAUUGACGUCCACCAAAGCGCAGGUUUGAACCUGACGAAAAAAACCUUUGAGGGUGCGUGUUAGUGGUAACCACUGUAAGUAAAUUACUCAUGGCUACACAUUUAUUAUUAUUAUUAAUUUUGUCUUUACCAAGCCAAGGGAAUUAAGACUUGGAAAACAAGAUGGCAAGUAUAUCAUUAUUGGUGUAUUAAUAUAAUAUGUGAACUAUUAUGAUAUUAAUUUAUUCUAGUUGUCUGUCGAUAAAAUUUUGUUUUGAUUCUUCAAUACUACCAUUGCUGCCUAAGAACCAUCUUUGAUUUUAUAAUAUGUUUGUCGCUUUAUUAUUUUCCUGAAAUAAAGAACCCAUGUUGUACAGUGGAAAAGCACCCUCCCUUCAAGAAGAGUGCCAUGCAUCUGCUUGGCCACAAUUAACUACUGACCUUCCCCUCUCAUCAGUUUCUUGGAUUGGGCCUGGGGACAAUGCAGUUGGUUGCUUUUUUAAAAAAAUGCUUUCAGUUUAUUUAUUAGCCAGAAAAAAAAAAAAAAAAAAAAAGUUAUGCACAGUUAUUGCAUAAGGGGGAGAAUUGGAGAUAUUUUUCUGACGAGGAAGUUUAAAUGAAACUGUGGCGGCUUAUUGCAUGAGCUCCCUCCCUAACCCAAGACUAUAGAUAUAAUAAAUAAGUGUUGAAAUAUAUUUAGGAUAAAAAGCAAGCAAAUUGACAAAACACACUAAACAGAAAAAAGCAGCAAAAAACAAGCGUUAUUUACAAGUGGUGAAUCUGCUAAGGAGAAAUGUUUUCAAUCUGGAUUUAAAAAGAGAGAUUGUGGCAGCACUAUUUGUAAAAUUUUUGUGAUUUAGAGAAUUAAAAAAAUUGGGACCCUGAAAUCUUAUGCCAAAAAGUCAUAUUUGUUCGUGCAGGAGAUGAGUAGAAGUGUUUGAAUUUCUGGUAUUAUAGAAAUGAAAUUGAUUUGUCAUUAAAAACAUUUCUUUGAAUACAUUUAGGUUGCUUUUGUGCUUGUGUGGCAAGUACGUUGCCAGCUUUCAUUUGGACUUCCACCAAGGAUGAAUUAAGGUGGCUCGACUGGAUUUUUUUAGGGGGAUACCUCCCAAGUUUGAGCCUUAACUACGUCGGCAUGAGUAAAGAUAUGGAAAAAAGGUUACCACAACUAUAUUACAUAAAGAUGAAAAUUUCUUAUGAUCUGGGUUUUAUUGCAAUCGAAGUCGCCAUGGCAACGCAAUGACGCCAUUUCGUUUUUCAUUUAUCUUUGUGUUUCUCUGUACCAGGAGUUUUUUGAAGAAAUCGCUUAAGGGAGUAUGUACCUGCCAAAAUUGCCUCCAUUAUGGCAAAGUUUGAAGAAAUUCUAUGAGAGCGUUUUCGAGAUAUUUCGAAAUGCAGUUUUAAGAAUCAUCAAAGCAGUGAAAUAGCAUGCUAGCCGCACAAUUCGCUAAUAUUUUAAGAAAAUGAUAAGCUUUGGGAACGCGGCUUCAUCUGAUAGUGGAUUGAUUCCAUUGAAACUGCAUACAAAAAAAGAGGGGAAUUACUCUGGGCGAUUGCGAGUAAGAAGGGUUUUAUUAACUUGCAUUCAGAUGCUUUUGAUACAGUUUUUGGAGGUAAUUUGGUCCACCCCUAAAAAUUUCGCAUUUUUCCAAAAACCGCUCGAUAAAUUUUUUUAUAAAUUCGACAAUUCCGAGAUCAAUCGUCAAGAAAUAUUCUCUGCAAGUUUUAAGAACAUUGAAAACGGGGAAGGCUUUUAAAUAGGGCCUCAAAUAUAGCCAAUUUUCCCCCCAGAUUUUGUGUUUACAAGCGAGUGUCCUCAUUAUUCACUGGCAUUGUUUUCAAGUUUAUAUACACGUGCACAUUUAGCAAAAAGAUAGAAUUUGCAUCAAAAAGGACCCUCGGUUAAAGCUCCGGGAUAUGCUAAUUACCGGGUAAAGAGGUUAGUGAUACAUUAUAACAUCAGAGCAAUUCUUUGUGAGAGUUUCUGUGAUGUUAUAACCCGAUUAAGAUAAUUAUGUAUUGCUUCCUACACGAUGAGCCGUGACGUUCACCGUUUCGGCUCUCAUUGCUAUCUGUGACUACAAGCCAAUUAUUAGUAUAUACCGGAUAUCUCUUCGGAAAGUAAUUUUUGAUGUAAAUUUAUAUCUUUUGCUACUUGUGCCCGUGCAUAUGAAACUUGGAAAACAAUGCCAGUGAAUAAUAAGGACGCUCACUUGUAAACACAAAAUCUGGGGGGAAAAUUGGUUAUGUUUGAGUCCCUAUUUAAAAGCCUUCCCUGUUUUCAAUGUUCUUGAAACUUGCAGGGAAUAUUUCUUGACGACUGAUCUCGGGAUUGUCGAAUUUAUAAAAAAAUUUAUCGAGCGGUUUUUGGAAAAAUGCGAAAUUUUUAGGCAUGGACCAAAUUACCUCCAAAAACUGUAUCAAAAGCAGCUGAAUGCAAGUUAAUAAAAUUCUUCUUACUCGCGAUCGCCCAGAGCAAUUCCCCUCUUUUUUUGUAUGCAGUUUUCAAUGGAAUCAAACCACUAUGAGAUGAAGCCGCGUUCCCAAAGCUUAUCAUUUUCUUAAAAUAUUAGCGAAUUGAGCGGCUAGCAUGCUAUUUCACUGCUUUGAUGAUUCUUAAAACUGCAUUUCGAAAUAUCUCGAAAACGCUCUCAUAGAAUUUCUUCAAACUUUGCCAUAAUGGAGGCAAUUAUGGCAGGUACAUACUCCCUUAAGCGAUUUCUUCAAAAAACUCCUGGUACAGGGAAACACAACAAUAAAUGAAAAACGUAAUGGCGUCAUUACGUUGCCAUGGCGACUCCGAUUGCAAUAAAACCCAGAUCAUAAGAAAUUUUCAUCUUUAUAUAAUACAGUUGUGGUAACCUUUUUUCCAUAUCUUUACUCAUGCCGAAGUAGUUAAUGCUCAAACUUGGGAGGUAUCAACCCCAAAAAAUCCAGUCGAGCCACCUUAAUGGAAUUAAUGCUCAGAAUGCAAUCUGAUCACACGCAUUUGGACCUUCUUUGAUCAUGCGCCUUUUGACCCUCUAUUAUGUAGAAACUUAUGCAAACCACAGCAUAAUAAUUGGAGCAAGAACACUUUGACCUUUGAUUGGUUUUACCUGCACUCUGAAACCUUUGAUUAUUGCUAGUGCUAUCUUAUUUUGCUUCUGUAGAUACAAUCACAGGCAAGAAAAAAAUAUAUGUUUUACAAUUUUAUUAUUUGAUACAUGUAUGUACAGUCGACUCUCUCUUAAUGGACGCCUCUAUAAGAUGGACAUGUCUGUAAACUGGCCAUGGGCACCACAGUUGAUCCCUGCCUUUCUUUAAUUACUCCCUUUAUUUGAGUCUCUGUAAGAUGGACACCUAAAGUUGGUCCUGGCCUUUCUUCAUUCCCUUUAUUUGACUUUCUAUAAGACGGAUACCUCCAUAAAAUGGACACCUAGAGUUGGUCCCUGCCUUUCUUUAUUCCCUUUAUUUGACUCUCUAUAAGACGGACACCUCUUUAAAAUGGACACCUAGAGUUGGUCCCUGCCUUUCUUUAUUCCCUUUAUUUGACUCUCUAUAAGACGGACACCUCUGUAAAAUGGACACCUAGAGUUGGUCCCUGCCUUUCUUUAUUCCCUUUAUUUGACUCUCUAUAAGACGGACACCUCUUUAAAAUGGACACCUUGAGUUGGUCCCUGCCUUUCUUUAUUCCCUUUAUUUGACUCUGUAUAAGAUGGACACCUCUGUAAAAUGGACAUCUAGAAUUGUUCCCCGCCUUUCUUUAUUCCCUUUAUUUGACUCUCUCUAAGACAGACACCUCUAUAGGAUGGACACUUAGUGCCGGUCCCAAAGUUGUCCGUCUUAUAAAGAGUUGACCAUAUUAUUUCCCCUAUCUUUCAGGUUUGUGUAUGAUGAGAGAAAGUGCAGACUUUAUUAUUACAGAACUCCUCAGGAUUUUACACCACUGGGGUGAGAUUUGGAGCACAUCGCUGUUUUCUAAGACAAUUGAAUAGCACCUAUUUACUCUAAACUUGGUACUGAAAUCCAGAGUACCCAGCAUAUGUAUGAAAAAAAUAAGAUAUUCCAGUAACCCAGGAACUAAAGCUAGGCACCAGGGGCCAAUGGGCACUAUGGUAGUUUUAAAAACCUAAAUUAAUGACCGAUCCCUCAGAGAACUAGUUUUCCUUGGAACCAUUAUUAUAUAUUAUUAUUGACUUACUAUAAAUUGAUUAACUUGCAUGUUGUUAUUGAACUCAUCGCCAGUAGAUGAGCUUGGGAACUGCAGUGUCUUAAAAGUUAGUGGAGUAGGGUCUAAAAUAACCAUAGCAGGGAGGUAUCCAUAGCAACCCCACAAGCAGGAACCACUUAACUACAGCAGCCACUAACAGGCACUGGUCUUCACACUGGAAGCUGAUCCAGUGGAAAAAGACUUAACUUUCUACACAGACAGACCAGCCUUGGGGAAAUGGGAGGGUAAGGCCAAAGGAAUCAGCAAAAAUUGGCAGAAGGUGACGUAGAAUGGAUCCGUAAUGAUCUGGAACAAAAGCAAAACUGAGGCAAUAAUGGCUGGACAGUAAAAAGCCCUGCAAUAUUAAGGGGUGCCACUGCAGGAUGUGUGCUUGAGAUAGUAAAGCUGCUGGUUGCAUUGGCUCAUGUUUAAGCUUUCCCAAAAUAAAUUUAGCCUCAUUAAAAUAAUAUGCACUGUUUAUUUAUCUCCAGACUCAUUGAUUUGGCUAAAGCAUCAUUCUCAUUUGAAGUUGAAGAUGCCAGUAGGUUGACACAGUUCCAGAUUUGGUAUGUAGAUUUUCUUUGGUUUUGAUUAUUUAAAAUUACAUUCUUUAACUAAAAGUGGUAUCAGUGUCUGAUAGCCCGAGGCUAGUGAACUAUUGGGCUAAUGAAUUCUGUUCCUAAAUUGCCAGGUGAGCAAGUGAAGUCUUUUGGGGGAAAUUCAACUUACAGAAGAACUGUAAUCAAUCCUGCUUGUAUUUUUUUUUUCUUUUUACGGGCUGGUGAAAAAGUCUUUCUAGCUAUAAGUAAAUGCUAGCUACAGCAUGCCCGAAGGAAGAGCGGUUGUACAUGUAACAAUGACUUUUUUUUUGCAUCCUGGGAUAUUCAGAUUUGUGUACCAAGGUAUUUGUGUAUGAACCAACUCAUGAGUUUUUUAAAACUUGGUAAAAUUUGGUAAAGACAUUGAACAACAGUGACAAUAGCAUCCUCAAAUUUUGAGUCAGCUGACUUGGGUGGCAGAAUGGCAAAUUGAGCACUAAAAAUCAGGUUCUAUCCUUUCUGGGGAUUGCCGUUUCAUGUUCUUAUUUGACACUGUGAUGUCUUUGGUUAUCUGCCUACUAUGCACACUGUGUCCUUUUUCUGUGGAUGGUAAAUUGAUAAUUUGGUUGUUCCUUCUACUCAGUGUAAAUUGUUUGUUUGUUUGUUUACCUUGUCAGUACGUCUGGAAGGACAUAUCAACUGCAAGCCAAAGAUAAACAAACAAUGAUGUUUUGGCUUCAGGAACUUCANUUUGGCUAAAGCAUCAUUCUCAUUUGAAGUUGAAGAUGCCAGUAGGUUGACACAGUUCCAGAUUUGGUAUGUAGAUUUUCUUUGGUUUUGAUUAUUUAAAAUUACAUUCUUUAACUAAAAGUGGUAUCAGUGUCUGAUAGCCCGAGGCUAGUGAACUAUUGGGCUAAUGAAUUCUGUUCCUAAAUUGCCAGGUGAGCAAGUGAAGUCUUUUGGGGGAAAUUCAACUUACAGAAGAACUGUAAUCAAUCCUGCUUGUAUUUUUUUUUUCUUUUUACGGGCUGGUGAAAAAGUCUUUCUAGCUAUAAGUAAAUGCUAGCUACAGCAUGCCCGAAGGAAGAGCGGUUGUACAUGUAACAAUGACUUUUUUUUUGCAUCCUGGGAUAUUCAGAUUUGUGUACCAAGGUAUUUGUGUAUGAACCAACUCAUGAGUUUUUUAAAACUUGGUAAAAUUUGGUAAAGACAUUGAACAACAGUGACAAUAGCAUCCUCAAAUUUUGAGUCAGCUGACUUGGGUGGCAGAAUGGCAAAUUGAGCACUAAAAAUCAGGUUCUAUCCUUUCUGGGGAUUGCCGUUUCAUGUUCUUAUUUGACACUGUGAUGUCUUUGGUUAUCUGCCUACUAUGCACACUGUGUCCUUUUUCUGUGGAUGGUAAAUUGAUAAUUUGGUUGUUCCUUCUACUCAGUGUAAAUUGUUUGUUUGUGUGUCUACCUUGUCAGUACGUCUGGAAGGACAUAUCAACUGCAAGCCAAAGAUUCACAAACAAUGAUGUUUUGGCUUCAGGAACUUCAAGUAAUGGUUUUAACACUUUUUUUUUUCUCUUCUUUCUCUUUUUUGUCACAAGUGGUAGAAAAGACGUGGGGAUCCGCACGGGCGGAUACACGCGGUUUAGGGGUGAAUGGGUUAAAAGUAAACAAUUUUUCGACUGCUAAGCCACUUUGUUAUAUUAAGGUUCAGUUAUCCACUGAAGGGGAGUUUAUCUAUUUGUUAUUUUAUUUGUUUUUCUUUUUCCUUAAUCUGUCGUGGGGACAACUACAUUCAAGUAGCUCCUGUAAGCUAUUUGCUAACAGACGCAACAACUCCCAACAUUGUUCGCCCUAGAAUGUUGGGAGUUGUUGUGUCUGUGUUGGCAGUGGUGUGCAAACGGAUUCAAGUGCAUUAUGGGAAGGAUAAAACGUGUGUAUGGCCCCAACAAUAAGAUUGAGGUUUGGUCAUUUUACUACAAACGACAAACUGCGGUUUGUGGUUAACGUUUUCACGUUACCCGUUUGCCCAUAUUUGGGACUUGAGAUUCGCGGGUGGCAGCUUGCGGCUGCCUUGUUUGUUUUUAUUGAUCUACUUACUUCUAUUUUAGCUGAGAAAUUGUCUUCAAAGUCACGUUUUUCUGAAAAAGAAUUCGAUGAUCAAUAAGCAAAACAGUUCUAAAAAGUCGUAUCUCUUCUCAAACGUGGGAUUGUGAUGUUUUAGGGUGCAAAAAAUCUUGUGGUAAAUCAAUUACCUCUGGAGCGUGGUCUAGCCGUACAAACGUGAACCUUAAACUGCGAACCUGAAGGCAAGGCCCUGGUGACGUGACUUCUUGACGUUCGCGGUUUGCAGGAAAUGUCGAAAAACCUCAAUCUUAAGGUCUCUAAUGUUGAAAGAGCUGUGCAAACGGAUCCAACAUUGUUGCGCUAUGCUUCGGUGAUCAAGGAAAAAAAAAGUGGUGGGAGUUGUUGGCUUAAAAGUUUGACCGGUUUCAAACUUAGUGCAACAACUCGCAACAACAUGCAACAGGGUACAAUGAUGGGAGUUGUUUGCCAACGAUGAUGUGUCAGUUUGCACAGGGCUUAACAAUUCACUUUCAGAUAUUAUUUUUGUCAAUGUUUGUUUUUAGGCAAAACGAAGAGAAUUCAGCCGAAAGAGGGCAAACAAUGUUGUUCAAAAUAAAGGAGACAUAGCGGCUUUAGGGGUAAGUUCAUCAUUGUAAAGAAUAUAUAAAUGUUUAAUAUUGAACAACUAAAAAAAUAGAACCAGUCCUUACUGAACAUUGGCGUAAAUAGUCUGCCCAUUCAGUGAGUCACAAGUUUGAAGUUUUCAGAAGGUAAACUUUUAAUAAUUUUUUUUUUGAGUAAGGGAUUUGAAGAUGAAAAUCUUUGUGGGCAUCAAAAUGCCUGGAAUUAGUUAGCUUGCGAAUUCAGCCUUNUUUCAAACUUAGUGCAACAACUCGCAACAACAUGCAACAGGGUACAAUGAUGGGAGUUGUUUGCCAACGAUGAUGUGUCAGUUUGCACAGGGCUUAACAAUUCACUUUCAGAUAUUAUUUUUGUCAAUGUUUGUUUUUAGGCAAAACGAAGAGAAUUCAGCCGAAAGAGGGCAAACAAUGUUGUUCAAAAUAAAGGAGACAUAGCGGCUUUAGGGGUAAGUUCAUCAUUGUAA